AUGGCGGCCGUGCGCGCGCUGCUGGCGCCCCGGCUGGCGGCGGCCUCCGCCUUCGCGCCGCGGCCCGGCGGCCGGGCGGCGCCCCCGCGCGCGGCUCUCCACGGCUCCGCGCCGCGCGCCGGGCCCCGCGUCGCGCUGGUGCUGUCCGGGUGCGGCGUCUACGACGGCGCGGAGAUCCACGAGGCCUCGGCGGUGCUGGUCCACCUGAGCCGGGCCGGGGCCGACGUCCAGAUCUUCGCUCCCAACGUCCCCCAGAUGCACGUGGUCGACCACACCAAGGGCCAGCCUUCCGAGAAGGAGACCAGGAAUGUCCUGACUGAAUCGGCUCGGAUCGCCCGCGGCAAGAUCACUGACCUGGCUGAGCUCAGCGCUGCCCGCCACGACGCCGCCAUCUUCCCCGGGGGCUUCGGAGCCGCCAAAAACCUGAGCACCUUCGCCGUGGACGGCAAGGACUGCAAGGUCAACGGGGACGUGGCGCGCGUGCUGAAGGAGUUCCACGGGGCCGGGAAGCCCAUCGGCCUGUGCUGCAUCGCGCCCGUCCUGGCGGCCAAGGUGCUCCGCGGCGUGGAGGUCACCGUGGGCCACGAGCAGGAGGAGGGCGGCAGGUGGCCGUACGCCGGGACCGCGGAGGCCAUCAAGGCCCUGGGUGCCAAGCACUGCGUGAGGGACGUCAGCGAGGCCCACGUGGACCAGAAGAACAAGGUGGUCACCACCCCGGCCUUCAUGUGCGAGACGGCGCUGCACCACGUGCACGACGGGAUUGGCGCCAUGGUCAGGGAAGUGCUGAGGCUCAUCCAGAAGUGACCACGUGGCCCAGCGGGUGCGAGGGCUGGCACCGGCCCUGGGGCGCCCCGGCUGGCUGCUGCCCCUUUCCUUGUGCGCCCCGAACACCAGAGGCGCCAGCCUGUCGGGUGGGGUCAGUCGGGAGACGGCCAUCCUGGGUCCACGUCCCUGGAAGGAAAGAUUAAAGUUCUUCGGUAGUCAGGAAGCCAAAAUGCCACGUGUGGUGCGGCAGCCUCU